ACUAUGUCGUGAGUUAAAUGAUCAAACCUAACCUUAAGUUAAACUGAACUCGUUCGUAGCAUUAAAAAACAGAAGAGGUAUCAAACUUAACAGAACAUAAAAUUUAUAAAGAUGUCCGAUAAAGCAAAAAUUGAUUUAGGAUUGCUUGAAGAAGAUGACGAAUUUGAAGAAUUUCCAGCUGAAGAUUGGACUGCAAAAGAUGAAGAUAAUGAAGAUAUUAGUGUCUGGGAGGAUAAUUGGGACGACGAUGACGUCGAAGACGAUUUUAAUCAGCAGUUAAGAGCGCAGCUGGAAAAGCAGAAAACAAAGAUUGACUCAACUAAGGAACGUGAAUGAAAGCAUCACUUUCUACUGAAAAUGUGAUAGAGUUUAAAUAAUUCGCAUCUUUUACAAAUAACUUUUUUUGUUUGUGAUGACAAAACUUCUCAUCAGCUGCCUUAUCAAAAAUGAAAUAAAGUUCUCUUGAUUGUUAAAAUCCCG